UCCUGGCCCAAACAAUAUGGGCUAAACCAGCCAAUCUCUUCUCUGUGUGUCUGUGGCUGGUGGGACAAUGACAGAGCAGUGUCAGGAGGGUGUCGGUGCUGGAACCAAAUGAUCAUCUGAGCCAACUCUGCUGUGCCGACGUGCUCAUGAGCUCCUGAUGCUCUCUGUGAGCAUCAGUGGCUGAUUACUGUGUCCAGGGAGAACUAAGCUCUAUUUUAGCUCUCACUGGUGAUGUAGCAACAGAACCAGUUCCCUAAGGACUAACUGCAAAGGAUGGCCAAGGGCAGAAGAGGAGCCCAGACCUGGGAUGGCACCACGCUCCACCUCCUGCUCUGCACGUUUAUGCACCGAUGGCCUUCAGGGCCCCAUGGAGGACGCCCCUGUUGCCUCGGGGCAGUGCUGCAAGUGGGACCCAGCAGGGCUGUGGUGGGCACUGCCUGGUCAGCCUGGCUCAGGAACGUUCCCUGCUCCAGUUGCUGUGGCAGAGGUGGAAUGUCCCGUUUGCCCGUGACGCAGAUGUUCUGGGAAGCACGAGCGUGUGGCAACCACGGCCGCUCUCCGUCCACUGCCGCGACUUCCAGAGAAGAGAUCCACCUACUGAUUCUCUGAAUCGCUAAUUCUGGGAUCUCUAGAGAGUCCUCUGGUCAGGGGGAAGGAAGCGAUAGGUCAUAUCCUGUUCUCUCUUCUUUCAUGGUAUCAUACCAUUGAUGGGCACUGCUCUCACUGGGGCUCUGGACAGUUCCUCCCCAGGCCCAUGUGGUGCCCCUGACACAGCACUUCUCCCAUUGUGUCAUGGCUUUCACCAGUGUUUCCAUCAUGUUUCCAUUUUUGGUCACUGUCUCCCUCUUAUAAAGAGGGCUGAACCCAGGGAUCCCACACCAGGCACAGCCAGGGGCACCCUGCACCAGUCCAGCCUGACUCCUACAGCUCAUCUCCACCCAACAGGACCAUGAAGACCUUCACAGCAGCCCUUGCUGUACUUUUUGUGGCUGUCCUCUGCUACCAGGUCUCCUCUUCUCCAAUUUCUCUCGACCAUUUCGGUCCCUGCUGCACUGAGUUCAUCACCAGACCGUUGCCCUUGAGACUUGUGAAGAGCUAUGAGCACACAGGCAGACGCUGCUCCCAGCCAGCUGUGAUAUUCACCACCAUCAAGGACAAGCUGGUCUGUGCCAACCCUGAUGAGAAGUGGGUCCAGGACAUGGUGACUCAACUAAAGCACAAGGAAGGCAGUGGAUGAGCAAAGCCCUGCUCCCUCCAAGCAUUACCUCAGCAAGGACCUGCUCUCAUGGGCACCUCCGAGACAAAUCCCUGCUUUCUCAUUGCCUGGGAGUUUGGCAGAGUAUUUAACACAGCGUUUAGCUCUUUUAUUUAAGUUUCUGC